CUGAUGAACCCACAAUUCAAGCUGGAGAAACUACAUCUGUAUGGAUGCAGUAUUACAGAGAAACAGAGUCUCAUCCUGACUUCAGCUCUGAAAUCAAACCCGUCACACCUGAGAGAGCUGGACCUGAGCGGGAAUAAACUAGGAAACACAGGAGUGAAGCACUUAUGUGCCGUACUGAAGGAUUCACACUGUAAACUGGAGAGAUUGAGGUUAAGCUGCUGUGAUAUGACAGAUGAAGGUUGUUCUGAUGUGACUUCAGCUCUGAAAUCAAACCCGUCACACCUGAGAGAGCUGGACCUGAGCAGGAAUAAUCUAGGAGACUCUGGAGUGAAAAACCUCAGUGAUCUACUGAUGAACCCACAAUUCAAGCUGGAGAAACUACAUCUGUAUAGAUGCAGUAUUACAGAGAAACAGAGUCUCAUCCUGACUUCAGCUCUGAAAUCAAACCCGUCACACCUGAGAGAGCUGGACCUGAGCGGGAAUUAUCUAGGAAACACAGGAGUGAAGCACUUAUGUGCCGUACUGAAGGAUUCACACUGUAAACUGGAGAGAUUGAGGUUAAGCUGCUGUUAUAUGACAGAUGAAGGUUGUUCUGAUGUGUCUUCAGCUCUGAAAUCAAACCCGUCACACCUGAGAGAGCUGGACCUGAGCAGGAAUAAUCUAGGAGACUCUGGAGUGAAAAACCUCAGUGAUCUACUGAUGAACCCACAAUUCAAGCUGGAGAAACUACAUCUACAGUACUGUGACAUUACAGAUGUUUCUUCUCUAACUCAGUCUUUGACGAACUCAAAAGCUCUGCAGUUUUUAAAAGAGCUUAAUCUGAGUUACAAUGAGAUCGGAGACUCAAAGCAGCGGCUCAGAGACGAGCUACGAGACUCAAACUGUGUCCUGAGAGUAGAUGAAGAUCGAUCACCAAACGUCAGUGGAUUUACAUCAUGGUUUAAAUCUGUGAAACGGAGAUGAGAGGAGCAGAAACCAUCAGGUGAUCCACAGAAGAGUCUCACUGCUGUCUAUGAGGAGAAAUACAUGUGUAAAUGUGUUUCAUACAGGUGGAAGAGACUCAGACUUCACUAUUAAAUAAAGCAGCGUGUGUGUUAGCAUGCGUAUUAGAAACAUGUGAUAUUGAAUGAUUAAUGUUGGUUUAUUAUUCAGCCAAAUGAUGGUUUAGUUGUAAUUAAAGGUGGAACAGAGGAAGAAGCUCAGAUGAGUGUCAGCAGAAAUCUUCACUAUCAGGCCUGCAAAUAUAAUAA